UAUUAGUAGUCCAUUAGUUUUCACCUGCGCCCUUCGGAAAAGUGAAAAUAAUGGCGGGCACAUCUUCGGAAAACCUGAUAGUCGUGAACCGAGGACAAGGGGGCGUCGCUGUCGUCACAAUUAACCGUCCCAAGAGUCUGAACUCGCUCACCAGACAGAUGAUGAAGGAUCUUGCCAAAGCAUUCAAGUCGCUAGACGCGGAAGAGUCAGUUCGGGUUAUUAUUCUUUGCGGGUCAGGUCGAUCAUUCUGUUCUGGGGUGGACUUGACUGCUGCGGAAGAUGUCUUUAAGGGGGACGUCAAGGAUAUGGAAUCCGAUCCAGUUGCUCAAAUGGAGCGUUGCAAGAAGCCCAUUAUAGGAGCCAUUAAAGGGUUUGCUGUCACAGCUGGGUUUGAGAUUGCUUUGGCUUGUGAUAUUUUGGUUGCUUCUACAGAUGCUAAAUUUAUGGAUACCCAUGCCAGAUUUGGAAUAUUUCCUUCAUGGGGUCUAUCUCAGAAGCUUGCCCGUGUCAUAGGGCCCAAUAGAGCCCGUGAAGUAUCUCUGACUGCAACCCCUGUAACUGCAGAAGAAGCUGAGAAAUGGGGUUUGGUAAAUCAUGUAGUUGAAGGAAGUGAACUCUUGAAGAAAGCUCGACAAAUAGCAGAAGCCAUUAUUAAGAACAAUCAAGACCUUGUCUUGAGGUACAAGAGUGUUAUAAAUGAUGGAUUCAAACAAGACUUGGCUCAUGCCCUUGUGCUAGAAAAGGAGAGGGCGCAUGACUAUUACAAUGGAAUGACUAAGGAGCAGUUCAAGAAAAUGCAAGAAUUCAUUGCAGGUCGGAGUGCAAAGAAAUCUCCAUCCAAGUUGUAGAUAUGUUAACAAGUCACUUGAUUGUCUGUUGUAAAAUAAGUUGUUUUAAGUCCCUUAAUACGUCCUCAAAGGAUAGAUAGAUGUUGGCUUGGAAAAUGAAAUCUUGAUUCUACAAUUAAGUAAAACAGGGAAACGGGAAUGCAUUUAUAGAGGCUUUGAUGUUCUGAGAAUCUAGCUUUUAACCGCGCAUGUUUACUUGGCCAAAUGGUCCGAACUUUCUUCGGUAUGUGUACUGUUCCCUUUUUUUGUACUUUUUUUCCACCAAUGUAAUAAUAGGUAUUGAAUUCGACUUGAACUUUGUAAUGGUUUUUCAUCUGACAAUAAAGGAAUUAAAGCA